UGCUAUAACUCUACAUUCAGGAUAAAUAAUAGUUCAUCUUAUCACUAUAACAAUUUCCCCUAAGUAUUACUCAAUGUAAUAUCAGAAGUAAAAAAAAUAAAUUUCUUUUUAUUUCUAGUUAAUUUUUAUCAACAUAACUUGUCCCAUUGGAUUGCAUCUUCGAUUAAAGAAGAAAAAUGGUGAAUACUGCGGACAGCAUUACAUGGAGGAUGAAUGCAUGAUAAAUAUGGGUGAUUACAAAACCUUCUCACCAAAAGUUGAUUUGUUUACAUUUGAUCAAAAGUUGCGAAGAAUCAAUGAAACACUUGAUAUAACGGAGAUAAACGGACGAACUGGAUUCACAAUCGAAGAUAAACAUUUGUUGUUGAAGGAUUGCUAUUUAUGUUCAGAGUUUAGAUUUCCAAAAUCUCCAUCUAAAAUUUUUCUACAAACUCCAUUAAGUGCUUGUCCUUGCAAACUAAGCAAGUUUAAAUCACGACAUUGGAUUGGUGAUAUCUCAUUUGAAACUUUCUUAGAAGCUCCCAAUCGUGUUACACGGACUUUGUGCAUGUUAAGGAUUCUGAGAUUUAAGCCAGUAGUCCCUGACAAAGCCAAAGGAAUUUGUGAUCAGAAUAAGCAAAGCUUUUGUGGAAAAAGAUAUUUAUUGCAAAAUCGCCAUUACUAG